ACCGGUCUCUUUGACCCAUCCUAGAACUUGCCAAAUAUACUCCGCCACAUUUCGCAAAUUCGCAAGUCAGACUCAUACGAGCCCCUUGAAAUUCCUCGUCCUCCAUUAUAUCGCCAACUGCAAGCGGUGGUGCUUCCAUCCCACUCCACCCCUUGUAUCAGCUGCUAUCGACUCCGAGGGUUGAACUGUGUAUUAUGUGACGGACAUCAAUAGUGCAGUAGGGUUAUUGCAACUUAUGACAAAUAUGGGAGGAGGUGAGUGGUACUAGUAUAUGCAAUUCCAUGUUCGCUUGAUACAAGCACAACCUCUAAAUGGAGAAUUUCGAGUUAAUUAUUAAAGGAUGUUGCUUUCUCACCAUAUACGGAGUAUUUAUGCUUGCUGAUGACCGCUAAGCUACAGGGGAAUUUGGGUUUGCAGAAGAACAAGGUUUUGCUUUCUCAGUUAUCUGCUUUUCAGUUCCUAUUGGAUGAUUUUUAUGGAUCUUGUCGUCCGAGCAUUGAUGACUAUGCCAAUAGAAGAGAUUUGAUUCGUAUUUUUAACGAGAUUACUAGAGAAAUGUAUGGUAAUAGUGAUGAAUGUCCUGUUGUGGAGAAUUUUGGAUCAUUCCUAAUGGAUAUGUUCAGUGCUAAAAGUGACCUUGAUUUAUCAAUUAAUUUUAGUGACCAGUUGUUUGAGGCUGAUCGUAUUGCAAAAAUCAAGACCCUCCGGAAGUUUGCAAAGAAAUUCUACGCCCUCCGAAAGAAAGGGCAUAUUACAACUGUGGAGCUGAUCAUGUCAGCUAGGGUGCCUGUAUUAAAAGUUACUGAUUCUGGAUCUGGAAUUGAAUGUGAUUUUUCGGUUGGAAACAGGGAUGGCAUUGCCAAAUCCCAGAUAGUGCUCUUGAUUUCGGCAAUUGAUGAAAGGUUUCAAAAGCUAAGUUUUAUUUUGAAAGCUUGGGCUAAAAAGCAAGAUAUCAACAGCUCUAAAGAUGGAACACUGAAUUCUAUAUCGCUAAUAUUACUGGCGGCAUUUCAUUUGCAGACUCGAGAAAUCCCAAUAUUACCUCCAUUUUCUGCCAUUUUCAAAGGUGGAACAGACCCAGCGACUGUCAAGAAAAUAAUUCCUAGUUUUUUGAACUAUGGGAAACGAAAUAAAGAAUCUCUUGCUGAGCUCUUUGUAUCUCUGUUGGUUAAGCUUGAAUCAGUAGAAUCAUUAUGGUCGAGGGGACUUUGUGCUAGUACUUAUGAGGGGACGUGGAUAAAUAAAAGCUGGACAGCGGCUGGACAUAUUAGAAUUGAGGAUUUUACAGACAGGUCUGAGAAUACUGCGAGAGCAGUGAAAUCAGCAAACAUGAACAAGAUAUAUUCAUGCAUCCGGCGUUCUCUGGAACAGAUUAAGUUAUUCAGUGAGGGAAAAAUGAAUGCAGACAUGUUAAAGAACCUAUUAUUUGGUAAAAUUCUACCUCAAACUAAAAAAAUUGCAAAUGUUGGUGAUUCAAAACUAUCAAAGCCCUCCUCUGAAAACCCUGCUCAGAAAAAAAAGAAGCGCCCGACUCAAGGGGUUCCAGCAGAGGGGAAAAGACCUGAAAAACAAGGUAAGGGUUCUCAUAAUUCUUCCGGUACGAAAAUUCCAACUCCCUCUGGGAAAGGCGGAGUAAAAAAGAAGUCUGGAAAAAGAAGAAAAUCUGAUCCUGUGACUUCAACUUGUUUUCAAGGACUGGACAAGUCACAUGAGACUCAAAUUGGGAGCUGUCAACCACUUCCCCUUUUACCCAUCCAGAGAGUUCACACUGAGGCUUUGAACAAUGCUACUCAAAGAACUCGUGUUGACACUUUGAGCCAUGCACGCCAACCACUUCCCUAUUCUAAUCCACCUUAUGUUCAAGGUUCUGGAGGAUUUGGACCUGACAGAAUUCAUGUUGAGACUUUGAGACAUGCUGCACUAAACUGUUCGCCACACCAAUCUGUUCACUUUUCAGGUUAUGGAAGAUUAAGACCAGAGAGAAAUCAUGUUGAAACAAUGAAAUAUGCUACUGCUCCAAAUUUCCCACAGGACCAACCACUCUCUCAUUCUAAUCAUCACAUCCAAGGUUAUGGUGGUUUUAGAUCAGAUAGAACUCAGGUUGAGACUUUGGGACGUGCUCCAAAUUUCCCGGAAAGUCCACAGUUUUCUGUUCCUAAUCCACCAGUCCAAGGUUUUGCAAGAUAUGCACCUGAAAGAAUGCAUGUUGAAACACCAAGCUACUCUGCGUCAAGGAGUCAACAACUUCCCUAUGCUGCAGGAUUCGGACCUGAGAGAAGUCAUGCUGAAACUAUUUAUCAUGCUACUCCAAGUUUUCAAACAUCUGUUCCAUAUACUUCAGUCUAUAGGCCAAGUAUUAGUGCAAUGGCACCGCAUCAGCCUCAUAUUCCUACUGUUCCUCUUACAAAUCAUGCUGGGUAUCAAAGACCUCAUGAUACGCGCCAAUCUUUCUCGCAUGUACCUUACCAGUUUGCUGUCAACAACCGCCCUUAUCAGCCUUGAACCUUUAUCAUUGGCCUUAAUGUAAAUUAUGGCUCAAUAGAUUAGGGGAAAAAUAGAAUGCUACCACAGUCCACAGUAGCUGAUCAAGCAGUCGUAGCAUUGUUACAUAUUUUAAUGUUAUUAUCAUUCAAAUUAGUAAUCUUCAAUGUUUAUGAUUUCCCUUUCAAAUAGCUUAGGGGAAAAGUUCUGUAUCUGAAUUUGAUUAGUAGUGCUCUAGGUUUCAUUGUUACAUAUUAAAUGAUUAUUGUUACUAUCUUUCACAUUAGUAAUCUUCACUGUGUGUGAUUUCCCUUUCAAAUAGCUUAGGGGAAAAGUUUUCGGUA